AUGACGGGGCGCCGCCCCCAGCUGCAGGGGCAUGGCGGCCGCGGGUCUUUCUUGCCGUUGCCGUCGGCGCCGCCGCCGCAGGCAAAGUCCUCCUCCCGGUCGCCACGCACCACCUCCUUUUCUGGCCUCCGCCAGCAGGAGGUGAGGCGGCGGCGGCGGCGCCUGGACGCUGGACUGAGCCCAAACGGAGGGGCGUAUCCGACGUCCUUUGAGGACAGGCCAAAGCCGAGGGCGGUCACGGCGUCUACCGAAGGCGCCAGAAACGCCGCAGCAUCGCAGCAGGCCCGGCGCGAAUCGUCGUCCCCGCCGGCGGCGGUUGCACCGGCCACAAAUUUCACUGCCACCUCGAAAAUGUCCUUUGAGGAGGAACCGGCAGCUUCCCUGCUGCCACCCACGCAGACACCCCUGUUUGCCUCCAGAAGCACCUUCCUUUACGCCGACAGGGAACCAGCAGAGGGGGCGCUGCAGCAGCCAAAGUCUCAAUACCAGCGCAGCGGUGUGGUCGAAGCCAACCUGCCUUUGUCAGAACCCUUGGAUGCCGCACUGACGUCUUCAUCGACUUUUCUCUCCACUAUCAAACAGGAAAAGGCCCCCAUGGACGCCUCGAUCUCCUUGCAAAAGGAACGCCAUUCCCCAACAGCCGCCCUGGAGGCAGCGGUUACGGAGCAUCCAAGCAGCCACACCAUCGUUGUCGAAGACGCGCAGCGGCGGCAGCAGCAUGACGUGGGCGUGUACUGCAUGCUCCCAGUGACGCACAGGCGGUGGUCCAACAGCCCCGUCUAUGACAUUGUGGCUCACGCCCCAUCCACUCAGGCCUCGACGCGCGCGCCAAGUGCCACGAGUGCAAUUCAGGCGUUACCUGUGCCCCCCGCACCCAAGCAGAGGGGAAAUUUGCCAUCGCCAGCGUGGAAACUGGAAAAGGUGGAGGCCGAUAAUGUUAAGGAACAUGAAGCGCCUGCAGGCGCUGCAGAGGCACGUUCAACUGAAAAGGUCCUGGAUGAGACGCGGCGACAGCAUCGCCCCUCAGCGCUGCGCCGUCCUCAGCCGCCCCCAGGUUUUCCACAUGUAGGGGAUGAGGUGGAGGCCGUAGGGCGGCGAGUUUAUGCUGGGGCUGAACUCAAGGCGGAGGCGGCGGCGGUGACAGACCGGCACCACGAUCAGCUGGCCCAACCCAAAAAUCCUCCUACCCCUCAACCGCGUGACGGUCCGGGGGAAGUGGAGCGAACGCCGCCGUGGGAAGUCGUGGCUCAGGUGGAGGCAGUGCAAGAGAUUGUGCGCCGUGCACGUCAGACAGAGGUGCAGCGCGACGAGGAGAUGGUGCGGUAUUUGAGGCCAGAAGAACGGUUGUUGUGGCGCUCGCUGAAGCAAAACUUGGCAUCCCUACACGCUAAGUCCUCUGAACUGACUGCACGGAUCUGCGAGUGGGAAAAGAGGCAUUCAGCCGAUACUUUGGCAAGGGUGGAGAAGAGGCUUCGGCUGGUCCAAUCCAAAAGGCAGCUUCUGCUGAUGGACUGGGAAAAGGUGGAGGAUCUCUCUUGGGAGUACCUCACGUCGCAACUGUUGUACGGCGCAAGAAAAGAGUUGGGGGCUGUAUCGAUGCCUCCUCACUGGCAAAUGUUCCAAAAGUGA